UUCAUUAUGCGGUGAUAAUGACGAGUUUUCUCGAUUUAAAGUAAAUAAUGUUAUAUUUUCGUAAAGAACGCCGUAAGCAAAAUUAUAUCUGAGCAUUAAAUUAACUAAAGGAUACCAUAUCUACCUCAUUUCUCAAUUGACUGACUAUUAUCGAUAGAGUUUUGGUAGAGGUUAUAUUUUAGUUUCUGGAAGUAGUUGAAGAGUAUAUUUACACGAAAUGUUUUGUUGGGGCAAUUCCACGCACCACGAAUUGUGUAUAGAAACAUCUGAAAACACAGAUUUGGUAUUAAAACCAACUUUCUCAAAAUGGUCAGAAAGUAACCACGUGCAGACUGUGACGGCGGGUGAAUUUCAUGCCCUUUACCUCACCAGCAAUGGCCAUUUAUAUUCGUGUGGAAAUAAUGAUGUUGGUCAACUUGGCAGGCAUACUAGCACUCUUGAUGGAACCUCUCCUGCUCUAGUAGAAACAUUCAAGGGCUGCACAAUAUCAGCAAUAUCAUGUGGCAUGCAGCACUCGAUGGCCCUGGACGAAUGGGGACAGCCCUUCAGCUGGGGCUCGGACAUAUUAGGACAGCUCGGCAGUAACCUAGGCUCACAUGCCCAGGACAAACCUAAGAUAGUGAAGUCUUUGGCUACGAAGAAUGUUAUACAGAUUGCGUGCGGAUCGUAUCAUUCUUUAGCUUUGACAAAUAAUGGUGACAUAUACGCGUGGGGUGCUAACACAUACGGCCAAUGUGGCCUAGGAACUAUGACGAAUAAAGAGCUAACGCCUCAACACAUCGCGUCGUUGCAAGGCGUACCCAUCGCCUUGAUUGCUUGUGGUACCAAUCACACUUUCGCGUUGACUAAAUCGGGAGCAGUGUACGGAUGGGGGAAGAACUCACACGGCCAACUAGGUCUACAGGACAGAGACAACAGAUGUUACCCGACACACUUGAAAUUAUUACGGAAUUCUAAAGUAUGCCACAUAGCGUGCGGGGAAGAUUUCACUGUGUUCCUAACAUUAGAAGGCGGCGUGUUUACAUGUGGCACUGGAGAAUACGGGCAAACGGGGCAUGGAGCUACUAAAAACGAACUAGUGCCUAGAAAGGUCAUGGAACUCAUGGGCAGCACGGUGACUCAGAUCGCAUGUGGGCGGCGGCACUUACUAUGCCGCGUCGGGGAACGCAUCCUCGCCUGUGGCUACGGCGCUCGCGGUCAGCUCGGCUGCCCUAACAUGUCUCUCGCUCUACUACCCACACCCGUGCCCUUCACGCCUGGUGAUUCACCGCCGAAGAAGAAACAGAAGUUGGAAAGUGCCAUCCUUUUAUAAAAACCUAAUCCUCUAUUUCAGUUCUCACCAGACCUGUUCAGAGGUCCAAUGAAAGUGUAUGCCGGCGGUGACCACAGCUUCCUAGUUGUGAACGGCGACAAGUCGCUAGGCACGGACUUUAGGGUCCCGGACCACAAUAAGCAGGUGCUGACGUUGAAUCUGCCGAAGCUGGCCGCUUGUGAGAUGUUUAAGGACGAAGAUGUGGUUAAUCAAGAUCUGAUGGCGUAUUUAGAAACUGUAUUCGGCUCAGCGGCCUGUAUCAACGGCUCUUUCCUGUUAUCUGAUAAUGACCACUUUGGCUGCAAUAAGAAGGUCCACGGAGUAGAUCUUAAGAAAGCGGAGGAAGCCUUCACGCUUAUAAGCAGGAUUGAGAACACUUGUAUAAAAGAGCUAAUAUUCAGUCACUUGACCGAGAACGUGAUUAAGAAAAUCAAAGUGUCCCCUCCUGACGCGGAGGCUCUUAGACUAUUCAUGAUUCUACCGCUCUACCACGAGAUGAGGAACCCUAGGCGGCAUACAGAGCUACAGGGCCCGUUUGCGGAAGCGUUCAACAAGCUGUCCAUAUACCCGCAACGCAUCGUCAAUCUAUGGUGGGAACAGGAAAGUAACGAUUACUUCGAGAUGCUCGUCGACAUCUUCAAGAGUGUCAUCGUUUAUGAGCUGAUGCAACCUAAUGUUAGAGCGAAUAAGAAAAUUUACUUCAGCCACAGCCUAGUUCAAAUUUUAAACACGUUGUCUUCCCUCAACAAAAUCAACUUCUCCAACCCGAAGAAACCAAAGAUACCAGCCGAAUGCUUCUACAUUGAAGAUCUAUCAAACUAUGUCGAUAUCGCUACGGACUAUAUUAACUGGUUGGCGGAUCAGGAAUCAUCAUCACCUCACAUGUGCAACUACGCGUUCCUCUUCGACGUCCAAUGCAAAUCCCUCCUCCUAAAAAUAGAUCAGCAACUUCAAAUGCAGAUGGCCGUGACGCGGGCUGCCACACAAAUAUUCACCAGGAUAUUCAUGGAUCCCGGCUACGAAUUUCAGAGAGACCAGUUUCUAAAUCUAACGGUAUCGAGGAAUCAUAUAGUGAGAGAUACGAUGCUGCAAAUCAGUAAUCAUGACAGUUCGCAGUUAAAGAAACCGCUAAAAGUAGAAUUCGUAGGCGAGGAAGCAGAAGACGCAGGCGGCGUUAAAAAGGAGUUCUUUCUGUUACUACUGAAAGAAAUAUUCGACCCUGUCUACGGCAUGUUUAAACAGUCCGAGGAAACCAACAUGAUAUGGUUCUCCAACAACCCUUUUGAAGAUGAUGUUAUGUACUAUUUGAUAGGUGCUAUCUACGGUCUGGCCAUCUACAACUCGAUAAUAAUCUACGUGCCGUUCCCGCUGGUGCUGUACAAGAAGAUCCUUGGCGAGUCCAUCAUGUUGGACGACCUCUCCGACCUCUAUCCCACGCUCGCCAACAGUCUCAAAAGUCUACUUGAAUAUCCUGAUGAGGAUGUGGAAGAUGUAUUCAGCCUAUGCUUCGCCGUGAACACGGUAGUGUUCGACCAAAUCCAAGUUCACCCACUGAAAGAGAACGGCGAAAACAUAUCGGUCACUCACGAGAACAAAGCCGAAUACGUGGAGCUUUACGUCGAUUUCCUACUCAACAAGUCCGUCGAGAAUCAGUUCAAGGCGUUCAAUCAGGGCUUUCAGAAGGUAUGCGGCGGCAGGAUAAUAAAGCUGUUCAGGUCCCACGAGCUCAUGUCCGUGGUAAUCGGCAACGAGGAGUAUGACUGGGAACAGUUCGAGGCCAACUGCGAGUACAAGAACGGGUACACGCACACCGACCAGCAGACCAGAUGGUUUUGGGAAGUGUUCCAUGAGUUGUCCUUGGAAGAUAAGAAGAAGUUCCUACUAUUCUUGACUGGCAGCGACCGGGUCCCCAUACAAGGCAUGAGAGAUAUCAAAAUCAGAAUCCAGCCCGUAGCCGAUGACAGGUACUUCCCCGUCGCGCACACUUGCUUCAACCUGCUCGACCUGCCGCGGUACAAGACCAAAGAGCGGCUCAAAUACCACCUCAUCCAGGCCAUACAGCAGACGCAAGGCUUCUCCCUCGUAUGAUGUUGGUUA